CUUUUCUGAUUGACACUUGCCUCUUCCAAUGCUUAGGCUCGACACAGCCUGCGGUUUGGGUUCCUGUCCAUGUUGAGUUCGGUCUUGUUUUGUGUCGAAUGGGUUUCCGGGAUUCUGUUUUUAUUUUUAAUUAAAACGGAUUUUACAUUAAAUUCCCAAACCGAAGGAGUAAUUUAACAGAAACCUAACGCUCGGGAAAACCCAGUCGAGACCGAGGAGUGUCGUCGCUGUGUUUCUUUGUGAAGCCAGGCGAGAGGGUUUCUCAUUAAGGGGAGUCGUGGCUAUUACCGGGGGACCGCGAUCAGGCUGGCUUUCAUCGUCAAUAAUAUUAUUACAAUAACCCAAAGGUCAUUCUCGUAGUCCUGCCGAGAAACAAACCGGUCCGUUUUCAUUUUCUUUGCGUCGACAGGAAGCUAUCUCGACCGCGCUUGUUUUGUUUUCGUGUCCCGAUUCACAGAAAGGGGGGCUCACACAGACUCGGUGAUACUGUGUGGCUCAGGGCUCGGGCGGGUUUUGACCGUUUUCUUUGAGGUUCCUUGGAUACGUUUAGCUACUGCAGUCCUACCACCAUGUCUCUCCACGGCAAGCGAAAGGAGAUCUAUAAAUACGAGGCUCCUUGGACGGUGUACGCAAUGAACUGGAGCGUACGGCCGGAUAAACGUUUUCGACUAGCCCUGGGAAGCUUCGUGGAGGAAUAUAACAACAAGGUGCAGCUGGUCGGUCUGGAGGAGGAGAGCUCCGAGUUUGUCUGCAGGAACACCUUUGACCACCCCUACCCCACCACCAAACUCAUGUGGAUUCCUGACACCAAGGGGGUCUAUCCAGACCUGCUGGCCACCAGUGGAGACUACCUCCGCAUCUGGAGGGUGAGUGACACAGACACCCGCCUGGAGUGCCUGUUAAACAACAACAAGAACUCUGAUUUCUGCGCCCCACUCACCUCCUUUGACUGGAAUGAGGUGGACCCCAACCUACUGGGCACUUCCAGCAUAGACACAACCUGCACUAUCUGGGGCCUGGAGACUGGGCAGGUGCUGGGGAGAGUCAAUCUGGUAUCGGGGCACGUCAAGACACAGCUGAUCGCUCAUGACAAGGAGGUGUAUGACAUUGCGUUCAGCCGGGCGGGUGGCGGGCGGGACAUGUUUGCCUCAGUGGGGGCUGAUGGCUCAGUGAGGAUGUUUGACCUGCGGCACCUGGAGCACAGUACCAUUAUCUAUGAGGACCCCCAGCACCACCCCCUGCUGCGGCUCUGCUGGAACAAGCAGGACCCCAACUACCUGGCCACAAUGGCCAUGGAUGGCAUGGAGGUGGUGAUACUGGACGUACGAGUCCCCUGCACACCUGUCGCCAGGUUAAACAAUCACCGAGCAUGUGUCAACGGCAUCGCCUGGGCUCCUCACUCCUCCUGUCACAUCUGUACUGCAGCGGAUGACCACCAAGCCCUGAUCUGGGAUAUCCAGCAGAUGCCCCGUGCCAUCGAGGACCCAAUCCUGGCAUACACAGCAGAGGGGGAGAUCAACAACGUGCAGUGGGCCUCCACACAGCCAGACUGGAUAUCAAUCUGCUACAACAACUGCCUGGAGAUCCUCCGCGUCUGAUGCCAGUGACUGGCACCAGGGAGGAGGGAGAGGGGGAUGAGGGAGA